AUGCGAUCCGCUUUGAGUCUUCUGGCGCUCGCCACAGCAGUGACGACGACCGCGUCGCCCCUCGCCGGGCCUCAGCAACAUCAACAGCCUCUACUUGAGCUGGAACCACAGCUCGGAGCUGAGAAAAAGCCGUCCCGGGCCUUGACCGGCAAAUUCCUGCACGUCACAGAUCUCCAUUUAGACCGUUUUUACAAACCAGGGAGCUCCACGGACGGAGACGAAGCUUGCCACCACGGAAAUGGGAACGCUGGGUAUCUGGGUUCCGCAGGCAAUGACUGCGACUCGCCCGAGUCACUCAUCAACGAGACAUUCGACUGGAUCGAGAAGAACUUGAAGGAUGAGAUUGAUUUUGUCGUCUGGACUGGCGAUUCCGCCCGCCACGAUAACGACGAGCGCAUACCACGUACCGAGAAUCAAGUCGAAGAAUUCAACGCCGUUGUUGCGAAGCACUUUGAACGUGUCUUUCGCUCUGAUCCGAACCAAGAUCCGGUUGCCGCGCUGUCCAUUCCAAUCGUGCCCAACAUUGGCAACAACGAUGUCAUGCCGCACAAUAUUUUUGAAAAGGGGCCGAAUCGGUGGACUGAGAUUCUGUCGAACCUGUGGAAUCAUUUCAUUCCCGAAGAGCAGCGUCACACUUUCAUGCAAGGCGGCUGGUUUAACUCCGAAGUCAUCCCCAAUAAAUUAUCUGUUUUUAGCCUCAACACACUCUACUUUUUCGACUCGAACAAUGCCGUCGAUGGUUGUGCGCAAAAAUCGGAGCCGGGAUAUCAGCAGAUGGAGUGGCUGCGGGUGCAGUUACAGAUAAUACGUGAACGGGGCAUGAAAGCCAUCCUCAUGGGCCACGUUCCUCCUGCUCGGUCCGGAGAUAAGCAGGCGUGGGAUGAGUCAUGCUGGCAGAAAUACACCCUAUGGCUCCGUCAAUAUCGCGACGUCGUCGUUGGCAGCCUUUACGGGCAUAUGAACAUAGACCAUUUUAUGUUACAAGACUCGGAAGAUGUAGACAUAGACAACCUACUGCUCGAUUUGCCGAGCCCCCGAUUUAUCGAGGACAGCGACUACGAGAACUUUACCGUCCAGUCCAAGGCGAGCUAUCUAACCAGUCUUCGCGACCAAUGGGGCAGCUUUCCUUCUCCUCCUGGGUCCGUGAAGGACGAGUGGUCGACAACCGACACUAGCGUUAUUGGCACGGCAAAGGGGAAAAAACGUGGAGGAAAGAAGAAACGGAAGAGAGAAUUUUUCAAAAAGAUCCACGGUCCGUACGCAGAGCGGUUUUCCAUUUCGAUGGUCUCACCGAGCGUAGUACCCAACUACUACCCGACUCUACGAGUGAUGGAAUACAACAUCACAGGUAUAGAAAAUACCCCGACUUGGGUAGAUGUACAAAAUAUGGACACGAACGAACGGAAGAGUAACUUCUGGGACGAACGUGAGAUUGAGCUCCAAAAGUCCAAAUUACGAGUCCCUGCUGGGCCUGGGAAGAACGCACCACCCGGACCAGCAUAUUCAAACCAGCCAUUGACGCUAUUGAAUUACGCGCAGUACUAUGCAAAUAUCACAGAAUCAGAGCAGUCUUCGCCGCCAUCUUCCUCGUUAUCGAGUCACCGUAUCCACUACGAGCUAGAAUACCGCACGCAGGACGACGGUGUUUAUGACCUGCCUGAUCUGACAGUCCGUAGCCUGUUUCAGCUGGCGACGCAGAUCGGAGCGGGUGCUACUAACGGUGCGAAUAUACAAACAGACGAGCUUACCAGUGACUCUGAUAUCGACAGGAAGAAGAAGAAGAAGAAGAAGAAAAACAAGGCAUGGCGUACAUUUCUCGAGCGGGCGUUUGUUGGGCUUUUGGAUGACGACAAAUUCGAAGACAUUGCAUGA